AUGGCGAGUGCUGUCAGGAUGGGGCCUGGAGCUUCGUGUGUGAGCAGGAUGUUACUGUGGAGUGUGCUCCUUUUCUGCUUUUCAUUUCAUUUCAAGACAGAAAUGGUUGUUUCUGGGAGUGAUUUCACAGUUUGUGGAAGGUUAUCGAACAGCAUGAAAACAUUCCAUCUAUGCACUAGAGGACCUUCAUGCACAAUCAAUCUGACGUUAUCAGAAAACAAGGUUAAUGUAUACAUUGGUGAUGGCAACAAUUACUCAAAUACCGAAACAAUCAUUACCAAAAACCCUUUAAGCAACUUCUGCUUCACUUGGUCUGCAAACAUGAAGAACUACACCAUCAGCUCAGAGAAUAUCCUGAAUGUGACAGGCUCCUUAGAUAAUAUGUCAGUGUACAGGAGGUGUGAGAAUUUCACCCUCACAAACAGCUUCAACAACAGCGUUGGCAACUUCAGCUACAUGAGAAUGUUCAAUCUGAAUUCCAUUAAGUUUUUAAAAGCAAGUAGCUUGACAUUUCAAGGAUCUAACACCUCCUCAGGUGAUGCAGAUCCAGAUGAGUGUGAGCAAAUGGCAAACAGGAUAAAGGAUGCUGCUGAAGCAUUUGUGGGAAACUUGAAUGAACCUAAUUACAUUUCUCAGUUUAUGAUAUUAAUGCUCAGCAACAUGGUGAACAGAUGUGGAGAUCAGAUUUCUAACAUCUCCUUCUAUUCCAGGAUCCCCUUGUUUCUUAAUCAGGUCACGAGGAAGGAUCUUAACCGAUUCAAUAGAAGACAAGUCAUUAUUAACAAUAAUGUAACAAGUUUAAUAAUGUUAUUUCCUCUUCAUGGGUUUUAUGGAGUCAGCAUUGAAAGCAACAGCAGCUUGAUAACUUUCAAUCGAACAGAAACAGUGAAGAAUCCAACAAUUGAGAUUACCAUUAAUAAAGAUGUCCAGAUGAAUGAACCGUUUAACAUUGUGUCAACCCUUUACAAAGGAACAGCUUUUUUCCAGGAUGAAUAUAAUACCUCUAUUUUAAACAAUCUUGUUGUUGACAUUACUGUUGGGAUUAGCAGCAUUCAUCUGAGAAACAUCGUCAAUAUUACAUUCCAUCACCCUUUUAAUGUGGGAAAUCGUAAUUGUGCUUUCUGGGAAUUUAGUCCAACAGGCUCCAGGGAGCAGGGCAACUGGAAUAUUUCGGGCUGCACCACACACAACUCCGAGUACACAACACAAUGUCUCUGUGAUCACCUGAGCUUCUUUGCAGUGUUGCUGGAUGUUGGCCUGCCUCUGGACCCCAGUGUCGUCAUCUCUUUGGAAUUUAUAACACUGAUUGGCUGCACAAUCUCUGCCGUGUUCCUGACCAUUACCAUCAUCCACUACAUCUACUUGAGCUUGAAGAAACAAAUUGAUUCAUUCAAUAAGAUCCACCUAAAUCUGUGCAUCUCUCUGCUCUUCCUGAACAUCGACUUUCUGCUGAUUAAGAAGCUGUCCUCAUUACACAUUGACUGGCUCUGCAAGGCUCUGGCCAUCAGUCUGCACUACUUCUUCCUCAGCAGCUUUGUGUGGAUGGGGGUUGAAGGCUUCCACCUCUACCUGCUCAUCAUCAAAGUGUUCCACACUCAAAUAAACUGGUACUUGCUAAAGGCAUCGCUCAUUGCUUGGGGUUUCCCAGCUAUUGUCGAGGGUAUUUCAUUUGCUGUGAACCAGGAGAUGUAUGGUUACUACAACAUCAGCAGCACCAACUCUGAGAUAUGCUGGAUAACCGAUCACCUGGUGCAACACAUCACUAACUGGGGCACGUUUGGUCUGGUUUUCCUGGGGAACACGAUGAUCCUGACGGUCACUCUGGUCAAGGUGUUGCAGUUGAAACGAGCAGAUGCUCAGUACAAACAGGACUCUGGUAACUGCAAGUCCUUGUGCUCGGUGCUGAGCCUGAGUGUGCUGUUGGGCCUGACCUAUGGAGUGGCCUUCUUCCAGUUCGGCUCCGGUCGAGUCUUCAUUCUCUUCCUCUUCACCAUCCUGAACUCCCUGCAGGGGUUUUUCAUCUUCCUGUGGCAUUGCUUGCUGACCAUUCAAGCCAGAAAGUCCAAGAAGCAAAACUCAUCAACGUCAUAGAGGAAAUCCCGGAAUGUAGUGGCCCUCGUACACUCCGAGGCACCACAACCAGUGAAACUCACCCAGCAAAGCUCUUAACAGCAUAAUAAUAAUAAUAAUAAUAAUAAUAAUAAUAAUGCUUGUUGUGGCAUCAACACACCUCAGCUCUCCUCUGCUAUUUCCUCCCCACGCUUGACCAAUCCCAAUACGUUGACAGUUCCCCACUGCACCAUCCUAGCAGUCGCUUGACAUAUCGUGUCCCAAACUAUACAGUGUA